CGUCAUGUCACCACGAGCCGAGGCGAGUGGAGCAGCAGCAGUAGCAGCGACGGCGACGACGGCGGCGGCGAGAGGGGCAGGAGGAGAGGCCUAGACGGCGCGGACGUCAUGCAGUGCUGGAGAUGAGGCUCCGGAACCGCAUUCUCAGCCAGUCGGAUGGCAAGCCCGGAGCGGUUGCAGUCUCGGCCCCACAGGCGGCCGCGUCCAGGAAGAGGGGCGACGGCGCUGUCGCCGGGCAGCUUGCCUCCCUGGGACACUCGCCUGCGGCCAAACGGGCAACGGCUGGUCGCCAGGCACGACCGACGAGGAAAGCGGCAAGGGCAAGUCCCGUUAAGGUGGAAGUGAAGACGAAAUGGAAGAGAGAGGGCAGAGGCAAGAAAAAUGCUCAAGAGGAUUUGAUCACUUCUGCGACCAGGUCAUCUGUCACGAGGAGAAAACCCCAGCACAACGGAGAUGUUGGCGGAGGAAAUGAAAUCAAACAAAAUGGAAAGGAGUCCACAGAUGCCGAGUCCCAACCAAGAACACACUUGUUGGGGACGAUUUUCUCACCAGUUUUCCAAUUCUUCACACACGACGACGGCGAGACAGAAGAUGAGGAGCCGGCCAUGAUGCCGCCCGAGAGCUCGUAUCCGGAGCCGUCCGCCACGCCUGCCGAGACGUGCUACGACGAGGACUGGGAAGUGUUCGACCCAUACGCCUUCAUCAAGAACCUGCCUCCGCUGACUGAGGAGCAGCUGGCCCGAAAGCCGGCGCUCCCACUCAAGACGCGCAGCACCCCAGAGUACUCGCUCGUCCUCGACCUGGAUGAAACCCUGGUCCAUUGCAGCCUCAUUCAUCUGGAGGACGCAGCACUCACGUUCCCUGUUCUCUUUCAGGAUGUUAACUACCAGGUGUACGUUCGCCUGCGUCCAUACUUCCGGGAGUUUUUGGAGAGGAUGUCAAAACAUUUUGAGAUCAUUCUCUUCACUGCAUCCAAAAAAGUGUACGCUGACAAACUGCUCAAUAUUUUGGAUCCAGCCAAGAAACUAGUGAGGCACCGGCUAUUCAGAGAGCACUGCGUGUGCGUACAAGGAAACUACAUCAAGGACCUCAACAUCCUUGGGCGCGACCUCUCAAAGACCAUCAUCAUUGACAAUUCUCCACAGGCAUUUGCCUACCAGCUGUCCAAUGGGAUCCCCAUCGAAAGCUGGUUCAUGGAUCGGGGCGACACGGAGCUGCUCAAACUCAUCCCCUUCCUGGAGAGGCUGGUGCGCAUGGACGUUGAUGUACGGCCGUACAUUCGGGACAAGUUUCGUCUCCAUGACCUCCUGCCACCAGACUGAGCUAACGAUCGGGCAGCUACCGCACUCGGGAACCCAGCGUCCUCCGUGCCCCGAACCUUCACCAGACAAGCUGAGCGCUCGUAGCGUGCCACUUGAAACGGCGCUCCAUGCAGAACACUUUUUUGGCACAGUUUGCACCUUCCUUGAGGUCCUGGUGGCUUCACAUUUUUUCAUGACAAUGAAGAAACUGCACAGAGUUAAGAUCGCCCACUCCUCUACGCCAUUACGUGGAACACCGUGGUGGCGUAACAAUGCUGUGUCCAUUAUCCCUACCAGUUGAGUCCACUCGACUGUUGUAAGCUUGCAGACUUCAAAGUGUGGUAACACAGGGCGGUGAUCAAAAGUGUUGCUGCAGAUGGUUGCUUUUAUACGUACCUUUAUCGAUGCAUAUCUGCAUUUUUUUACCGAGAUGUUGAGCUAAAGGUUGGUAGAGGGCAAACGGUCCGACAAAAAACAUGCAGGUUUGCCACAGAAGUCGAACAAGCAAUUAUAUAAACUGCAUUAACAUGCUGAUAUCUUUGAUAACAAUUUAAGCUGUUCUGUUUGGUUUCUCAGGAACCCUUUUUCAACAGUAUAAACAUGAAGCAUGGUGGAAUUUAAAAUACUAAUUGUCAAAGGUUGCUUUUAUUUUAUUGUAUGGUCUUUUACCAGAUUAAGCUGUGUUCUUUGUACAAAUUGACUUGGAUUUACACUAACCGGACAGAAGGGCACCACACUCAAGCCACUCGCCUAAACCAGUUGCAUGUUGCUCUCUUUGUAGGUGCAGGCACUGUCGUCAAGUACUAUAGUACUGCUUAAAGUUUUUGCUAAGAUUUGUAUUGUGAUAAACCUCUAUUUUUUUCACUUUUGUAAAGAAAACGCGUGCUUUUUACAAACACUGAUGGGAAAAAUGGUCACGUGUGCAAAAUGUAUCACACUACACACAGUGGCAAUCUCGUGGUAACACAUUCACAAACACCUGAUUGGGCUGAGUCUUGCAUUUCAUUGGUAUGGUUUUGUUGUGAUUUGGUAUAGAGUAUGCUUAACACCAACAUCGUUUUAUGGAAAUUAAAGUGUUAAAGACCAGAAACGUUAUUCUCAUUCUAAUUAUUCUGGUGCAUUGCCUGAUUGUAUUGGAAGGUUGACUAUAAAUUGCUCUCGUUCUGCACAAGACCCUUCCAGCUUUGACUGCCAGGUUAGGGUUCAUCCAAGUAUCCACUUGUGUUGCACCUUCUACAAUGACAUAAGUAUACUGUACAUUUCUCUUUUUAAAGUUGAAUGACAAUCUAGAUAUUAACCAGGGUGUUUUGUUUGUGUUUCAAUGUUUCAUGUGGUAGCAUUGACAUGAAAGGAACGGCAUGCAGGUGGCAUGCUCAUGCAAACAUUGUCGCCAGUAUUUUCUGUGUGCGUGCAACGGGACUUUGUGUGUUUCUGGGUUUUUUCUGUGACUUCUUUGCUGCAGUUUGGACGCUAAAAUGCUGCCAUGAAUAACAAGUUAACACUGCAGCUUCUUAUUCAUGCAACUUCCUACUUUUUAAUUGCUAUAUAUAACAGAGAUUUCAAAACAGAUAUUUUAUUUUACUAUAUCCUUGACAAUGUUUUAUUACACCACUGCGUGUGGACAGUAACUUUUGCAGACGUUUUGCAGUUCUUUGCAUAGCAGAAUUACUGUAAACUUGUAAUUAUCCUGGAAUGUAAAUCUGCCGUUUUAAGUGUUGCCUGUGAUGACUUCUAUUUUAUUCACAGUUGCUAUUUGUGUUUUAUUUCCCUUAUACAGAUCUUUGGAAUUCUUGUUUGUGGGAAUUAUACAGAAUUCAGUGACUGAGAUAUACCAGAUACACAGUACCAUAGGGCGUUUCAUGAGAAGUCUUGCAUUUUAAAUGUUAGGGGUUUUUAAGGACAAGUUUGGGAAAGUAAUAAAAUUUUACGAGAAAGCGGAGGUCGUGGUCCUGGUCCCCCAAGGGCUGUUGGGAUUGCGUGCCCAUUGAAAUGUAACAGCGGUUGACCUUUUGUACAUGUUAGUGAUGUAACUGCGUUUUGAAAGAUCGUUUGUAUUUUAAUUUAUACGAUUUGUCAUGCGCAUUGUGUCAAAUAAAAAAAUGUAAGCAAU